CGGGCGACCCCUUUUUGUUUGGAGGCAAGAAAGGUGAAAACAAAGUGAAGAAUUCCAUUUGGUACUAAAAAUAAAUUAUUUGGCUCAAGAUCCACAUCCAUGGAGGAGGACAAGAAUGUAACAGCAAUGUCGGAGGAGAAACACCCCUCUCAGGGUGCAUCUUAUACCUAUUGGGUGAGGGAAGCCAUGGCGGAUGCAGCCCCUCUUCCUCUUCCUAAGAAACUUUCCCAAAAUGAUAUAAUUUCCUCCCAAUCUCAGCCCCCCACACUGGGUUCCCUUUGGAACCGGGCUGGAACUUGGGAAGAGAAAAGCCUUAAUAAAUGGGCAACCGAUAGGAUAAAGGAGCUGCUUAUGUCAGUUGGCUCCUUGGAGUUCUCCAGUGGCAAAGCAGAAAUAGCAGAAGUGUCCAAAUGUUUUGGUGAUGCAUUUUUGGUGACUGUCAGAAACAAGAAACGAGUUGGUUAUACUUACGAGUUGACAUUGAAAAUCAAAGGUGAGUGGAUUGUCAAAGAGGAGAAAAAGAUGGUCAAGGCUCAUAUUGAUGUCCCAGAGUUUUCUUUUGGAGAGCUAGAAGACUUGCAGGUGUGUUUUCUAUUUCCAUUUGAAUGCUUAGAGGUACAAAAAUGAAUUACAGAAAGUAAUCAAUGUAGGUCCUUCCUCAAAUUUAGAAUGACUAUAGAGAGAAUUUUAUGUAUAUAGGCUUGUCUAUGAUUUGCCACUGUGGCUUUUCCUUUGGUCUUACCCCAUCCAAUGAUUUUUUUCUCCAUCAUCCACUUUAAAGUCAAUAAAUCAAUUUAUUCUCUCUCUCAAAAAAUAAGGGAAGAGGGGGACGGGGGACCAUUAUUUUUUCUGAAGUAGCUUCAAAACAAAAUGAAAAAAAGUUCAUAAAUAUGUAAACCAGCAAUUGUAUUCGUUUGGAAGAUUUACCCAUUUUGAACUAUCCGUGAAUAAAGGUAAAGGUAUAUGAGAGAUAACUUGGAUGAAAUUGUCAAGAAGCAUUUAGCACCCAUGGACCUUUUUGAAAGUAUAGCCUCAAAUCAAGGAAAAUGGAGAAAAUUGAUCAAACCAUAUUGAGAUAUGAAUUUUGGCUAAUUUGAGUGAGUAGUUAAAAAUCAAGGGAAUUUCAUAUUUAGAAAUUAUUGCUUAAACAUUUUAGAAGUGGGAUUUAUUUCCCUCGGGAAUGAAAUUGCAGAAUUUGUGGGUUCUUAGUGUUUUAAUUUUAUAUUUUUAUUGGUUUUAAUGUAUCAACUAGCUAUGCCAAUCAAGCAAAGUCAAUGUUUUAUGUUAAAAGCCAUAUGGUAAUAAAGUGAAAAAGGGCCUAAUUACAUGGGAAUUUGCUUGAUUCCCCCAUUAUCUCACAAAUCACUACUCAAAAUUCUUUGAACUGAAUUGGCCAUGUGUUAGAAGGAUGUACCUAUUCAUUUAGGAGAUAUUUUCUCCAAAAUAUGUAGCAUUUGUUUUAUGUAUCUUUUUCUCCAGUUUAUCCUGUUUAAAGAACCAAAGAAUUUGUUUGUCCCUUUAAUACCAUGAAGUUUCAUUCAUUACCAUCUUUAACUUCACCUUUUUACUAAUUUCAUUAAACAUAUAUUUAAGUGCUAUGCAAAGGGGAUUAAAUAACUCAUCUUGUGAAAUCAAAUACUUUAGGAAAAAACCAUUUUUGAGCCCUGAAAACUUUUUGAGAUUCGACUAUUGGGUCACUAUUCUUCAAUUGUGUAUUAUUGAGUUCACGAACUUUCCAAUUUAAGGAUAUCAAGGAUUUAUUUAAUGACAAAAGCUUUUAGGAAAAUGAGAAGUUUUUAGUUGGUAGCUUAAAAAAUUGCAUUGCUUAAUAGAGAUACAAUGAAAGUACCAUAGGCUUGGAAAUGGGGCUUCUCUUUUCUCUAACUUCAAUAAUUUCAAAAGUAAAAAAGUAGUGCAAUUUUUUAAAUGUUUGUAAACAAUUAUUAUCCUAUUUCUGAUUUUUGUAUUGAUAUGGUUAAAUAUGUCUUCGUGUGUUAAUUUGGAAGCACAAAACUCGAAGGAAAAUGCUACACUGCCUGCUGUAUACAUGUUUGAUGUUAAGAUGGACAUAGCCCAAGAUCUUUUUGAAGUGGCAAUAACUGGGUGGCAUGGAGGAAAAAGAUCAAUAUAGUCCUACUCUGACCAAUUUGGGAUUAAGCUUUAGUUGAUGAAGAGUUAGGAAUCUCAGUUUAAUAUCAAUAAAAUCAAAACAAGCAACAAUGAUCAGAAAAUAGAAGAAACUCUGCAAUUUUCAUUAAUGGAUCUGCUCAACCAAGUAACUAAUUACAAGAGUUUCAAUUCGAGCAACCUUAUGAAAAAAGAAAGACUCUCAAGAGAACUUUGCCACAGAGUAACUUACUCUGCGUCAAGCCUAAACAGCUGGAAAUUACACUUUUUUUCCCGUGACCUUUGCAGUAGCCACUACAUCUAUUUAUAGUUUUUUCCUGAUGUUAUCUCAUGGGAAACCAUCCUUUUGCCUUCACCUUUAGUUAGUUACAUAAUAGAAUUCUGGCCAUUUCGCUUUCUGCCCCUCCUGGAAUCUUCUUGUGCCUCUUGGAAUACACACACCAGCCUUUAGGUGCUUUUCCCCAACCUGCUUCCUUGUUUGUUUCCAUGCUCCUAUUAUUGCCACCCUCUAAAGGAACAGUCUUGUCCUCAAGACUGAAAGAUGGAAAUUGACCCCAUAUGUCUCUGGUGUCCAUUGAAGUUGCUUCUUCAGUGGACUUGCCUUGCCAUUGGAUGAAGACCUGUGGAGCUUGGUGCCCAUCAGUGUUAUUAAGGCGAAAGGCGACACUAAGACGAUAGGCUACCCUAUGGCCUUAGGCGAGAGACAAGAGGUGAGGCGAUGGCCUUUUUGAAGCGAGACGCUAUAACCUAAAUUGCCUAAAUUAUAUAUAUAUAUAUAUAUAUAUAUAUAUAUAUAUAUAUAUAUAUAUAUGCUCUUAAUAUAAAAAUUCAUACCUUUUAACUAGUUUAAGAAGUAAAAAAGCAUAUUAAAAAGCAUAUCACACCUCCAAUUAAUAGAACAUUACCUAUUUAAAAAUAAGUAACCAUUUGCAAAUACAUAACACACCUCAAUCUAACAUAUUACAAUACCCAUUUAAUAAAAAAACAUAUUACAAUUGACAAUUACUCAUGCUCCAAGUCUCCAAUUAAUAGGACCUAAUUUCAAAAUUAAAUAAUCAUUUGCAAAUACACACCUCAAUCUAACAUAUCACAAUACUCAUUUAAUAAAAAGCAUAUCAAAAUUGACAAUAUCCAUCUAAAAAUACAUAUCACAAUGUCCAUAUAAUAAUCAAUGAAACAAUAAAUUAAAAAAGAAAAAAAAGCUGCUGCUGCUGGGUAAUUAAAAAUAGCGUGACUGUGAGAGAAGAAAGCAUAGGAGAAGAGAGAAGGAGGAGAGAAGAGAAGGGAGAAAAAAACAAAGUAAAAAGGCAAAAAGAACGCAGGAAAAUAAGUGUUGUAGUUAGAUUAAAAAUGGCAUGACUGUGAGAGAAGAAAGAAUAGAAGAAGAGAAAAGGAGGAGGAGAGGAGAAAAAAAAAGUUAAAAAGAAAAAAAGAAAAACUUGGGUGUUGUGACAGACUUGAGAGAAGGGAAGAAUUGAAGAAGAGAGGAGAGGAGAGAGAGGAAGGAAGAAGCAGAGGAGAGAAAGAGAGGAAGGAUGAGAGAGAGAGAUAUACCUUACUCGUUGGGUUGUUCUUCUUUCCCUUUUUCAAGCAGCCGUGGAGUCAUGGGUUGAAAUGAGAGUCUCCUCUUUAGGGUUUUUAAUUCUUGCAGUUUAAAGAAUGAAUAAAAAAAAAAAAAUUGUGUAACAGAGGCGUCGCCUCCCUUGCGUCACGCCCUGCGCCUCUCUCUCCCAGGCGGUGGCCUCAUCAACCCAGGCCAGGCGGAGCCAGGCGAGGCGCUAGAGGGUUGCCUCGCCUCGCCUGGCGCCUCGGAGCGCGUUUAAUAAUACUGGUACCCAUUUAACAGAGUGUCUGUCUAAAACAGUUUGAGGAAAAACUGGAGCUGCAUCAUCAGCAACUAAUUCAGGGGGGCAGAUAAGCAAUGACUGGAUGAUCUCCAAUUGCUUUCUUCAAUUGAGAAACAUGAAACACGCGGUGGACUUUGGAAGAGGAGGGCAAGAUAAGAUGGUAGGCAAUUGGACCAAGUCGAGCUAUAAUUGUAAAAGGGCCAUAGUAUUGAGCAGCAAGUUUUGAUUAGUACAGGACACCAAGUGUUGUCGAUAGGCUCGUAGCUUAAGGAAAACUUUAUUACCCACUUGGAACUCCACAUCUCGGCGAUGUUUAUUAUGUUGAUGGAUCAUCUGCUACUGAGCCCUGUGGAGAUUGGUUUUUAACUGAUGCAACAUUUCAUCUCUGUUCUUUAGUGCUUGAGCAACAGCCUCAACAUGAAUUUCUCUAGGUAAAAAUUUGGGAAUAGAAGGUGGAGGUGGGUCAUAGACAAUUUCAAAUGGAGAAUGUUUAGCAGCUCCAUGAUAACUAGUGUUAUACCAGUAUUCUGCCCAAGGGAUCCAACGGGACCAAGAGCGAGGUUGCUCAGAAGCAAAACAACGCAAAUAUUGCUCCACACUUCUGUUGAGGACUUCCGUUUGGCCAUCCUUCUAUGGGUGAUAUGCAGAGCUUAAAUUCAAUUUGGUACCCGUAUUGAGAAAAGUUCAGACCAAAAAUUACUAAUGAAAAUAGGGUCUCUAUCACUGAUGAUUGAAGUUGGUAUUCCAUGAAGGCGAACAAUCUCGUGAAUAAACAAAUCUGCUACCCCGAGCAGUGUAAGGGUAUUGGAGAAGCAAGAAGUGAGCAUAUUUGCAUGACAGAUCUACCGCCACCAGGAUGGAGUCCAUGCCAUGAGAUUUAGGAAGUCUUGCAAUGAAAUCCAGAGAGAUAUCUUCCUACACAUUUUUUGGAAUUGGCAAAGGCUGGAGAAGACUAGCAGGACUAAGAGAUUCAUACUUAUGUUUCUGGCAGCUUAAAUAUGAAGCAACAAAGUGUUGGACCCACUUCAUCAUACCUCUCCAGUAAAGUCUAGAAGCCAAACGACGGCAAGUGCGAAAAGCACCUGAAUGGUCGCCUGUUGGAGUUGAGUGAAACUCAGAAAUUAGGUGAGAGACCCAGGGGGAAUUUUUGGGCAAAACCAAUCAUCCUUUGUAGAAAAGGUAUAAGAGAAUAGGCUAAAUUGGUUUGUAAAUAAUGGCUCGAUGAUAAGAAUCAUUCUGGACAGCCUCCUUAAUAUCCUCUAAAUCCAACCACUGAGGAUGACAAAUGGCAGUAAGUUCAAAAUCCUUGUCGGUACGGCACAGAGAAAGAGCAUCAGCAAUGCCAUUGAUGCGCCCUGGUUUGUACUGGACCAUGAAAGAAUAUCUCAAUAACUUCAAAAUCCACUGUUGCUAUGUUGGAGUUACAAUUCGUUGUUCCAGCAAGUGUCUUAAGCUUAUUUGAUCUAUACGAACCGCAAAUUUAUGACCCAAAAGGUAUGGUCGCCAGUGGUGAACAGCCAUAACCAAGGCCAUCAACUCUUUUUCAUAUGCCGAGUUAGAAAGAGUUUUGUGUGAGAGAGCUUUACUAAAGUAAGCCACAGGUUGUCCUCUUGCAUUAAUACCGCACCCACCCCUUUGCUCGAGGCAUCACACUCAAUGACAAAAGGUAGAUCAAAAUUGGGCAUAGACAAGACAGGAGUAGAGACCAUUAUCUGUUUCAAAUUAUCAAAGGCAGAUUGGGUUGAUGCUGGCCAGUGAAAAUGGAUUUGAGCAUCCUUAGUAGUUAAAACUAUGAGCGGUUAUGCAAGAAGGCCAUACUUGUGAAUGAAACGGCAGUAAUAACCCGUUAAGCCAAGAAAACCCUGAAUGCCUUUUACUGUCUUGGGAAUAGGCCACUGUAAAAUAGCCGAUAUCUUAGAAGGAUCCAUUGCAACACCUUCUUUAGAAAUUAUAUGACUUAAAUACUCGAUGGAUGAAUGCCCAAAGGAGCACUUCUUGUGAUUGGUAGUAAAGUGAUGAUGUCGGUGAGCAUGUAAAACCGUUUCAAGAUGUUGAAGAUGCUCUUGCCAAGACUUAUUAUAGACUAGGAUUUCGUCAAAGAAAACCAAGACAAAACGGCGAAGUAGGGCUGGAAUAUAUCAUUCAUGGUUGCCUGAAAAGUUGCCAGCGCAUUAGUCAAACCGAAAGGCAUGACUAAAAAUUCAUAAUGACCGGAAUGUGUCUGAAAUGCCGUUUUCAGAAUGUCUACUUCCGUUACCCGAAUUUGAUGGGAUCCUACACGAAGGUCAAUUUUAGAUAAAAAAACAAGACCCAUGUAGUUCAUCCAAAAGUUCUUGGAUAACAGGAAUUGGAUACUUAUCGGGAACGAUGGCUCGAUUUAAUUGCCGAUAGUCGACGCAAAAGCUCCAGCUACCAUCUUUCUUUUAAACGAAUAAUACUGGGCUUGAAAAAGGACUGUUACCAGGUCGAAUAAUUCCAGCGGCUAACAUUUCCUUUACUAGAUGCUUAAUUUCAUUUUUUUUUUACUGUGACCAUAGUGAUAAGGCCUGACGGAAAUUGCUCCUGUUCCCGGUUGAGGUGGAAUGGAGUGUUUCAAUGCUCGGGAAGGAGGUAGAGAAGUAAUGUCAUUGAAUACAUGUUGAUAAUUCUAUAAAAGAGCAUGUAAUUUAGCCUAUUGAUCAGAAGUGAGUGCAGUAGGUGGUGGAGUCGCAGUAGACAUAGCAGAACAAUUCCACAAAAGAGCACAAUAAUUUACGUCAUGAAUUUUCAGAAGAGAAUUCAAGGAAAUAGGGGACCCAUGCAAGGAAGAGUCGCCUUGAAGAGAGACUACUGCAUUUCCAACAGAGAAGGACAUGUGAAGGGUUUGCCAAUUAACCUUGACCUCUCCUAGUGUCUCUUACCAAGAGAUGCCUAAAAUAAUAUCAAUACCGCCUAGAGGAAAAACAAAAAAGUCUGGCGUAAUAGUGAGAAACCCCCAAAUUGAUGGGUAACCGAGGGCAUAAGCCAAAAGAGAAUUGGCAUGGACCAUCACCAAGGCGAACGGCAAAAGACGUUGUAGGCUCUAAAGAGAGAGAGAGAGCUGUUGAAUAAGGCGGUCUGAGACAAAGUAGUGGCUAGCGCCACUAUCAAUCAUUACAAUCAUAGAUUGAUUGGCCACUGUAGCUACGAGCUUCAUAGUUUUUGGGCAAGAUAUACCGCCUACUGAGAAUAAAGGAAGUUCCAUCUUAGUAAAAUGCGUCUCCAGUAACCCAGGAUUACUGCUAGCUGGGUCAGCACACUCUACCAAGGCUAAAUCUCUUGUAUCAACGCCCAAAUCAUCUUCCCUUGCAAUUAGCAUCCGAAGAGCUUUUUUAGGACAAUCAUGCAAAGGGGAAUAAGAUUGCUUCCAGUGAAAACAAAGGGCCUUUACACGCAAUUCCUGAUACUCUUUGUUAGAAUAAAGCCUGGUUUCCUUGGACUUUACUGGAAAAGUGGAAUUGUGGGAUGAAGAAGACAUCGUAGAUGGCAUCAUUGUUGCUUUGAGAGGUGUUGGAGAGGACACUGCUUCAGAUUUAGAAGAGAUGGGCCGAGAUGUUGAGGCAUAAGAGCUAACUGGGCCUAAAUAUUUAAGUUUACCCUUAAGCCCACUUAACUGUUGUUUGCAGUGAUCGAUACUAGAUUGGAGAGGAUGAUAGCCGCCUGUGAGAAUGAUCUUGCGCUCGAUUUCCUGAGCUAUGGACAUAUUAUGGCAGAUGUCCGUAGCAUCAUUUUGAAGACGGAUUUGAAGUUCCUCAUGCAACCCAUUCAGAAAAUUGCCCACAUAUUGAUGGUUUGAGAGAUUAGGAACUUGGGCUGCCUUUGCAACAAAAUCAUCGAUAUAAUCUACGGUUCCAAUUUGUCGCAUUGCCUCAAGGCGUUCAAAAGGACUGGCCAUCAUGUCCGAGCCAUAGCAGCUGACGAGCUCCAUGGAAAACUUCUUACAAGAUAAGUCCGGAAUACACUGUCAUAACCAUCGCGGCCAAUGAAGUGCACUGCCGUCCAUGCAGAUAAAUGCUGUAGCGAGUUUGAGCUCUGGUUUGGUCCCAUCAAUUUCAAAAUACUGUUCCUCUGAGCCAACCAUCCUAGUGGGUCAGAUCCAUUGAAGGAAGAGUAAUUUGCUUGCUCGUAUCGGAAGAAGAGUCGGCAGUAACCUGAGGUUGAGGAAUGUGAGAAGAGGAGCCUUCAACCACCUGGUCAGUAGUGGAUGGUGUAUAAGAGGUGAGAUCACCGUCUUCCAGACUGCAUUUACCACAAGCUUUGUGGUGAGUAGGUUUUAGUUGUGACAAACUCGGAACAAAUCUGUUCAUUGUCUCCAGAUAACUUGGAGAUGUUAUCUUCCAAUGAAGAGAGAUUCCUCUCUAUCGAAUCCAGGCAGGACUCUAUGCGAGUGCUAGGCAUGCGGGUUGCAGGUCAGACCAAUUGAUAGAGUUAGGAAACUCAGUCUAAUAUCAAUAAACUCAACACAAGCAACAAGACUCAGAAAAUAGAAGAAACUCUGCAAUUUUCAUUAAUGGAUCUGCUCAACCAAGUACCUAAUUGCAAGAGUUUCAAUUACAGCAACCAUAUAAAAAAGGAAAGACUCUCAAGAGAACUUUCCCACAGAGUAACUUACUCUGUCCCAAGCCUAAACAGCUGGAAAUUACACUUUCUUUGCUAUGACCUUUGCACUAGACACUACACCUAUGUAUACUUUUUUCCUGAUGCUGUCUUCUCAAGAGAAACCAUCCCUUUGCCUUCACCUUUAGUUAGUUACUUAACAGAAUUCUGGCCAUUUCCCUUUCUGUCCCUCUUGGAAUCUUCUUGUGCCUUCUGGAAUACACAUGCCAGCCUUUAGGUGCUCUUGGCCUGCCUGCUUCCUCGUUUGUUUCCAUGCUUCUAUCAAUUGAAUUGAAUAGCUAAUUCAAAUUUUAAUCUCAUUGUUCAAAUUAAAUAGAUAACAGUGUCUUCAUUAUGGUAAUUUCUGUUAGUCUGCACUAGCUAUCAUUUCAUCACUUCAAAACACAGAUAGGAAUUAUUUGGUUAAAAAAACAUAACCCCUUACAUGCACCGCUUAUAUCAAGCAAAAAGUAACAUAAGUUUGCAUCUUUUUGUUUUUGAUAUUGCAGCUGCAAGUGCAGCUUAGUGAUGACAAGAAUCUUCCACAGCAAGAUAACUUUCAGAUCAACCUGGAUCUGAAGAUGUUUCUGCAUCCUGUCCGUGAAAAAUUGCUUCAGUUUGAGCAGGAACUCAAAGAUCGGUAGAAAGUGGGGCCAGAAUGGCCUACCACAAUGGGAUUGUAACACUAUCUAUUCUUACUUGUUAGCAACUGAUUUUUUUCCCAUGUAAUGGAACGUAAGAUGGAGGAGGCAAAUGCUUGGUUGGUUACCGUUAUAAAGCAGACGUGUAUUGCUGAAAUUCUAUAACAGACUUCAUAUGAUUCCAUUUGAGUUUGACAUGGAUCAUUUCAGAAAUGGAUUGGAA